AUGGGGCCACGGCCUAAGUCGACUAAGACAUCAAAUCGGGUGGUAUGUGAUAUGUGUUCGGCGAUAUUCCACGUAAAAUGUAUACCAGCUAAGCAUCAACAGCAUGUCCCCGAAGAUUUAAGAAUUGAUCUUUUUAUAUGCCAUGUUUGCUAUAAAGAAGAUAAUAAUGACGACACUCUUGAUCUCAGCUCUGAAAGGAAUAGCGAAGAUAGUGGUGAUGAUGCACAAAAAUUAUAUGAUAUGAUUGUCGAACAUAAGAAAAAAAAAUGUUAUUAA